AUGUCACAGAACCUCCCCGUAGACCGGGAAAAUCUCGAACUGGAAGACAAACAUAGUCACGACGGAAAUGAGCAUUCUGACCAUUUAAUACUAACCCAAAAAACUUCAAUGCCAGAUAUCAAUGAAGAAAAAAUGAAUGCUCUCGAUAAACCAAAUGACAUACCUUCUGAUGCUAUCAUUGACAAAUCUGAUCCAGCUUAUCGGCAACCUUCAUCUGCAGAGAACACUUCUAGCAGUAGUGACAUUGACGAAGAUCCUGAUGUUGAGGAAGCCGAUGAAGAAAUACGAGAUGAUCAGGACGAGCAGGACGAGCAAGAUGAGCCAAUUACUCGCAUCCCUCGUGGAGAGAAUGAACCUCAUCCUAGGAAAAAAAUUGCAUUACCGCCGGACACCCAAUUGGCAUCUCGCGCUCGCAAAUCUCGAACGGAUAAGCGAGCUGUAACAUCUUCUUCCGAAGAAGAUGUAGAAAAUGCGUCCGAUGAGCCAGAUGAUGAUUCAGACGAUCGAGAUCUAACUCCACGACGUCGACAUUCGCAGUCUAUACCGAUGAACACACGUCGACGUAUAGAAGAGGACCAGCCUAUUGAUCUUGAGGAAAUCUAUCGAGAACUAAGAGAAUCCGUUUCCCCUAAAUCGGUCAAUAAACUUGUUGGUUUCGCUGAUAGUCUCCUAUCAGCGCUAACUAAACGCGGGAGUUGGGAUGGUAAUCGAGACGCUGCGACUACUUUCAUAAAAGAAUGGCUACCAAAAUAUGCCCAAGCAUUACUCAAUCGAGGAUAUACCGACAUCACUCCAGCACAUAUGCUUCAAACUGGUCGUUCAAUCCACAACUUUUUCAACAAGAUACUCGAGAUAUAUAUCCGAAUUCUUCUUAAAUUUGAAUACGCUGGCGUCGAAGACGGAGAGUUUCAUCUGUCUGAUGAGAUGCAUGAUGCAGUAUAUCGUAUUCUCGGAGAUGACCAUGCGCCUUUUUAUCGUCGAUUUGAUGGGAGAUAUGAAGUUGUUAGGGGACUAGGAGCUUUGGAAUACGAAGACAAUACGAAUGAUAUUAUCAAUGCUGAUCCGAUGGAGCAUCGCAUGUCUCAGUAUCAAAUUGAGAGCAUCAAUCAUUUCACUCGUACUGGUGGAUUAGGAGCCGUGCUCUGUGGUUUGGGUUGUUCACAGUCAGACCCUCGUUUGAAAGUUGAACUAAAAGAUAUGUACUAUUUAAUCAGAGUGAUUCAUAGGAUCGGUAGCUUCGUUGUGACAAACUUUGGAGGCAACGAUUACAGAGAAUGUGUUUUCAAAAUAGCAACCUGUGUUCAAGAGCAGAUACUAAAAAUCCCAGACGAAUUAUUUAAUCGUCUUGAUCGUAAGACACUUAUCAAUGUUAUUCACAUGGUUCAUAAUAUGGUUAUAAGUCUUCCAUCUACUGUCACUGGUAUAACGCGUGACGUCAACAGAACUUAUGAAGGCAUGGUUACAUCCGAUGAAGAAGAUGAUGAUAAUGAGUUUAUUGGUUAUCAUGAAAUUCCUGAUGGAAAGCAGAUACUAGUAACCUCAUUUAUGAGACUGGAAAUUGCUAAUCGUUUGUUGAAGUGUUUUAUAUUAGACCUUCGGUUAGCAGGCUUGAACAUAAUAAAGGAUGUGUUAGGUUAUGGUUAUAAACAAGCAAAGUUGUUAAGAAGAAGCAGACGAAAAGUCAUUGGAGAUAAAGGUGCUCUGAGUAUCGAAACUGACGAGGAAACGGGUUCAGUGGAAACAAUACCUUUAUCAGAUUGGAUCAUUCGUCGGCUGACUGAAAAAUUGCGUAAAGACGGAAUACUAGAAUAUAUUUAUGGACCCAAUAUUCAUCUUGAAAUAGUCCAACGAUCAACAGAAAUAAUUGCUUUCCUUAUAAAUGCGGAAGCACUAACAUCUGUCGAAUUGGAUGUCAUUUGGUCACCAGUUGAGGGCAAUCAACAUCGAAGUAUAGUACACGGUGUAUGUCACGUAUUACACGAGAUAGCUGACAUAUUAACUCUGGAAAACAAGUCGUAUCUGUUCAAGAAGAUACGGUUGAUGCCAAUGAGCUUCAUUGAGUCACAAACAUUUUCACUAAUAAAAGCAUUGGUUGUAUCUUUAAUCGACCAUACGUCGCCAUCACGUUCUACUUCUGCUAUUCAUGAUGUAUUAUUCGAAGCAUUAUUAUUGUUAUGGCAUAUACUUCGGGAUUCGUCUUUACCUCUUCCAAUACUGAUAAACUCUGAGCUGUUAUCGCCAAAACCCACAUCCGUCGCCUCAUCUGCUACCACUAUCGAUCAAGAUCUCAUACAAGGUGUGGCACAAUUGUUAAACACCAUAUUACAGCGGGGAUUAAUACAAGAACAAAGAGAUCAGUUAUUACUAAUGUGUAUCGAGGAUGUCAAGAAUCAUCAUCCGGGAACAGUGUGGGCGUUUAGAGUUAUGCUAAGGAUUUUUAGCUCUUCGCUUUCUAGUUCAUACACGACGGCCGAAUAUUAUCGCCAAUUGGCCAAUUUAACGGAUUUGUUUCUAUCCGAUUUAACUCAUUGGACAAGUACCAUCAAAUCACUCACAGACCGACGUGGAUAUGGCACUAGUAUGGAUAUUGAUCAGAUGUCCCCGUCGAGUGGUCAACAAUCUCCCACUGCCAACUUAUCCCCAGCACGAGUUGCAAUAUUGAAGGAUCAAUUACAAGGACGUUUACAAUUCUUACAAUGGAUGGCAAAUGCAGAUUUAGUAAAAUUCUUCACCUCUAUUGAUCAAACAGAUAUAGUCUGGGAUUGCCUGAUCGCUGAUCCAAUUGGCAGGAGUGAAAGAGACGAGGCAUUUGCAUGUUUGGAGAGUAUAUCCAACUAUGAGUUGUUUCAUUAUCACUUUUUCCAUGACCGUUUGCCACAACUCGAUGUGCAGUAUUUCUCUGAAAAUGCUCUGAAGUACGCGAAGACAUGUCUUGUAAAGGUUAAUGUUAAGAACGACAGAAUAAGAAUGACAUACACGCCUCAACCACAAAAUAUAUACAUAUGUGACGAAUUGAUUGGUAUUGAGCUUAUUUGGAACAUUGCACUUAAUGCUGAGGAUGAGGCAGUUGGGAAAGAAGCAGUCGCAUUCUUGGUGCACUUGUAUAUGAACACUGACCUUUUACUGGACAACUAUAUCGCAAUUGCACGCCAAAAUCGAGAAGCGUUAGUCGACAAAUGUGUGUCGCAUCUAUUUGAUGCAGCUAAUGGCUUGUCAUUAUCCUCAACGCUUACAAGGAUGACUGGGGUUGAUCCGCCCUCAUCUAAUCACUGCGAGGUUUCUGCAGAUAAUGCACUAUCGCCAAUACCGUAUUAUAAGAAAGAAAAAGAUGCAUUGGCAUUCAAGAGAUGCUUAGAAUUGUUAAAAUAUUUUAUGGACUAUUUCGACGUAAAGUAUCAUUCUAGUGAAAUUGAUCGCAAGAAUAGGAAGCGACAUGGCAUGCUUAAUGAUGGGGAACUGAUUACUAUUAAAAUCAACAACAACGGUCCUGGGGCGUCUCAAAUGUUCGAUCUCCAGAUUCACACGAGCGAUACUGUCUUUGCUUUACGACAAAAAGUAGCCGCUCGCCUUGGUGUAAGUCGACCUUCACUGGUCAGAUUAUUUGUGCUCGGGAAAGAGCUAGUAAUGGAUUCUGAUAGAACGACACUGAAAGAGCAGAAGAUUACCGAUUUAGCAACAUUUAUAGCUACCAGGAGACAGAGCGAUAUUCGUGGAAUACAUAAUACGGAUGUAGGAGAAAGGACGCUUGAGAAUGAAAUAACGGAGUCUGAUCUCCCGAUUAAUUUAUUAUCAAAAUAUGUCGAUAAAUUCUUCGAAUUAUUACAAAUUGAGGAAUCGUAUGCAUCGCAG